GGUAGCGAUGCCUCCUUCUCGGAUGCAUGCCGUCAUCGUAGAGCUCUGACCACGAGUGAGUAAGCUGCGACUUCGUCUCAACACCCUCUUCGCGGUUCAGCAGUCGAGUCGGCCCCCAAGCUGAGAGACGUCAGCAUGCAGACGCCGGCAAGGCCCGCAGCCGCCAUCUCACUCCCGAACCCGCCCAUCCACUUCCUGGCAGAUGGGUUACACGCUCCAUUGAGAAUGAUGGAAGCUUUGGGUGGUGUCAUGGACACUGCAACAAGCGAGCCACCACGAAUAGCUACAGAGCCGUUAUCACAACCUUGGAUUACAUCUGAAGCAGCCACACAGGGCAAGAGAACGUUGGAGAAGAUUACAGACCCAAGCCCAUGGGACAAUCCGCUAGAUGCAGAGAUAAAAGACCACAGAUCAGAUGAGCACAAGUUGAAGGAAUCAAAUCCCUCGCCCUUGCCGACCAUCGUUGAAAUGGGCGAAGUUCAAAGACCCAAGCACACCGGUCAAUUCCUCCAGACCAGGGAUUAUGCAACAUGUUGUUCUCAUGACAAUUAUGAUAGAGCCGCCCAUCGAGAGACGGCAGGCACUUCUGCCAAUGUCAUGGGCUCGACAUGCGAUGCACGUGUUCGACCUGUUCGUCUUCAUUCAUGCACGCUGAAAUCCACGCAUGAUCUUUGAAAGAACUCUCUGGCGAUUGGCACAUCCCCCGGGACGUAAGCCAGCCAUGAUGCACAACCCGGAAGCUUCCAAGACACGUCGAGGCAUACAGCGACUGCUGAUUUUACCAUUGUCCCCGUCGGUCCCAAAUAAGAUCGAGAAAAACGAAGUAUUGCAAAGAACGUAGCGCUCGUGGGGGGUCACACGAAGUCCUGUCCCUAACCGAGUAUAAUCUGAAAUAUAGAAAUAUAUGACGGUAGCAUUGGCGGUGACGGCUGAUGCCAUCCAAAGGCCUUACUCCAACAACGACG